UAAAUAAAAAACUUCAACAGUUUUUCUAGUUCCAUGAACUAAGCUCUCAAAUAAAAGAAUUAUCAGAUCGGCUUCGGAGAGAAACGAUUACAACUCCACCAGAUCCGAAACCCUUCCAAUCUCAUUCCAUGGAUUUAGAUAAUGCGGCGGACGAUUCCUCCGUCGUCGGCGGCCUUCUCCCUCUCGCCUCCGCCUCUCAGCAACCCUACGUCUCCGAACUCCUCUCCUUCACUCUCGAUCGUCUCCACAAGGAGCCUGAGCUUCUUCGAGUCGAUGCGGAGCGAAUUUGGAGGCAAAUGCAAGAGGUUGCUGUUGGUAAUUACCGUGCUUUUAUUGCUGCUGCUGAUGCCUUGCUCGCGAUUCGUGGGGAAGUAUCUUCCAUUGAUAAGCAUCUUGAAUCUAUGAUAGGUGAGAUUCCAAAGUUGACAUCUGGAUGUACGGAGUUCGUUGAAUCUGCAGAGCAGAUUUUGGAAAAGAGGAAGAUGAACCAAAUUUUGCUAGCAAAUCACAGUACUUUGCUUGACUUACUUGAAAUUCCUCAACUUAUGGACACAUGUGUAAGGAAUGGGAACUUUGAUGAAGCUCUUGACUUGGAAGCAUUUGUUGCAAAACUUUCAACUAUGCACCCCAACUUACCAGUUAUUCAGGCACUGGCUGCAGAAGUGAGACAUAUCACCCAAUCUCUUCUUUCUCAGCUUCUUCAGAAACUUCGUUCUAACAUUCAGUUACCAGAGUGUUUACGGAUUAUUGGAUACUUGCGUCGAGUUGGAGUCUUCAGUGAGUAUGAAAUGCGUUUGCAGUUCCUGAGGUGCCGGGAGGCAUGGCUUACUGGAAUACUGGAGGAUCUGGAUCAAAGAAAUGCUUAUGAGUAUUUAAAGGGAAUGAUAAACUGCCAUCGGAUGCAUCUCUUUGAUGUUGUUAAUCAGUACCGAGCAAUAUUUGCUGAUGACACAUCAGGAAGUGAAGAAAACUAUGAUGGGGGACUUCUCUUUAGUUGGGCCAUGCAUCAGAUCACCUCACACCUCAAGACUCUUAAGUUCAUGCUCCCAAAGAUAACUGAAGGAGGAUCUCUGUCAAAUAUAUUGGAUCAAUGCAUGUAUUGUGCGAUGGGCCUUGGUUGGGUUGGACUAGAUUUUCGAGGCUUGCUUCCAUCUCUUUUUGAAGAGGCAGUGCUCAACUUGUUUUCGAAAAAUAUGAGUACAGCAGUUGAGAACUUUCAGUUAGUCUUGGAUUCCCAUCGUUGGGUCCCUUUACCAACAGUUGGCUUUCCGGUAAGUAGUUCGGGUGAAGAUACACAGGAUGAGGUUUCUCCACCAUCUUAUCUUAUGGAGCAUCCACCACUUGCUGUUUUUGUCAAUGGUGUAUCUGCAGCAAUGAACGAAUUACGCCCUUGUGCCCCAAUAAGUUUGAAGCAUGUGCUUGCCCAGGAAUUAAUCAAGGGAUUGCAAACUGUUUCCGACUCUUUGUUGAGGUACAAUACAACUCGGAUGCUUAGAGAAAACGAAUCCGGACUUUUCCUCUCACUUUGCCGGGCCUUUAUUGAGGUUGUUUACCCACAUUGUGCGACAUGCUUCGGCCGUUGUUACCCUGGUGGAGCUGCUCUCAUCAUGGAUGCAAAGAGUUUAUACGAAGGAGUUGGCCGGCUUCUUACAGUUUCUUCGUCAAGAGAACUCCCGAAACCCGUUAUCAGUAAUGGAGAAGAGGAGAAAAGCACAACAGAGAAUGGCAAAUUGCCUUCAGCCGAAAAUGGAACUACUUCUGCUGAAAAAACUGGGGAUGAUAAUGAUGAUGAUACCGAUCGAAAAGAGCAGAAAAGCCCGACUUCACAAACAGAUGUGUGAAGAAGCAGAGUCCCUCAGAAGAAGUUGUUGAUUCAAUGUUGCUGUUGUAACUCACUAAGAAAAAGAAGAAAAAAUGAAGUCGAUUGUUUUAGUAGUUGGCUGUGAUUCAUAACAAGUUACAUAUCAAAGUAACAAAAAGCAAUUUUUGCUGGAAAAGAAAGAAAGAAAGAAAAAACCAAUAAAAAGAGGGAAAAUUGAUUGUAGUUAAUAACACAAUUUUGUUUAUUUGUAAUAUAAUAGAGAUUUUUGUUCACCAAAAUAAUUAUGGUGUCUUGUAAUGGGUAAGUCUCAGAGAGAGAGAGAGAGCUAUAUAUGCCUAUAACGAUUGGGGAAGAGAACACUUAAAUUAUAUUUGCUUGACCAAAUAGAAAUUUGAUUCAUUUUGCAAAA